AUGGGUUCCAGGGCUGCCAGCUUCGUAGGCAUGACGGCCGAUCAGCAAAAUAACACGGAGGUCGUCGCACAGGUUGGCGGCACUGCGACCAUCAAAUGCUACACCAACUUUCUCGGAGACGAAACGGUGUCUUGGCUCAAGCGCGACGAGGACCACCUCCUGACGGCGGGCGGCCAAGUCUACUCCUCGGAGACGCGUUACUCUGUCUCCCACGUCAGGCACCAGAAGCUGUGGCAGUUGACCCUCCGUGACGUAAAGGCUGCAGACGCCGGGCUGUACGAGUGCCAAGUGACCACCCACCCCCCCACGUCACUCUUUUUCACUCUGAGGGUCGUAAAGGCCCGGGCUGUUAUCCAAGGAGGUCCCGAGAUUCACGUGCACACGGGGGUCACCCUUCGCCUGGACUGCUCCGUCGAGUACGCCACAGAGCCCCCGACGUACAUCUUCUGGUUCCACAACGGCAGUAUGGUGAAUUUCGACCACCGGAGGAGCACCCUCACCGUCAGGAAACACAAGUACGGCAGUUCCCUGGCGGUGACGAACGUUACUUGGGACGAUGCCGGUUUCUACAGCUGCGAACCUUACUUGGCAAUACCUGCUAACCUCACAUUGCAUGUUGUUGCAGGUUACACGGCUUGCUCGGAAUUUCUUAUCGGGAACAUGACAGGAAAGCGUAAUUGGCGCUUCGAGUCUCCCGCACGACGCUUGCCUCACCAAGGGAUGUUCCGGGUCGGCGUCCGCUGUCGAGAGAAGCACGCCGCCCUGCACAACGGCCAGAACGACAAUGUUGUGACUGAGGACGAGGCGCCUCUCCGAACCGCUGGCUCCGCCCACCGCUUCCCUUCCUUGAUGCUGAUUGGCUCGCUGUGCCUAGUGUCCUAUCACUCCGUUUUCUUCCAAAUUCUGACCAGAGACAGAUUAUGA